AUGAUGGCGCGGCACCAGGACGCCGAUGCAAGGACUCGGGCGGAGGUUGAAGCGUGGGGAUGCGAACCGAACGCCACAGGGGCAGUAUUUCGAUCUGGUGGGAGAUCGCAAGACUCGGCUAUGGGCGUCGGGGGCAUACUUGCUCGUGAAACGCGUGCUGCGCCAUUCGACCGAGUGUCCCAUGAAGAUUGGCAGGUGCGAUUCGACAUUACUCGCUCUGGUCGUCAUAUCUACACCUUUACACAUGUUGUUGAGGGCGCCCGUAGUACGGUAAAAGCCAGAGAAUUGUACUUUCAUGAGAAGGUCAUCCUCUUGUCAUGCGCACGCAAUCGAAAUACAGGCGUUGUUUCGGACUUGCAAGCCGACCAGAGGGUUGUGCGUCAGCUGGUGUGCGCCAACGGUAUCGAGGCGGAUGAGCUGACGCUGGCGGAGGUGGGUGUCGAGGGCUUGGCGUGGCGGCGCUCUGGUCAUUCGUCCGUUGGUGCUUGGUUGUGGUGA